CGAGGAAUGACAAUGCACAUACGUUGUCUCUUUGAAGUUACUGUGUGCGCCAUAUUCUUCAUCAUCUCUCUGUCUCUCUGAAUGGCACUCUCUUUCAGAUUUUGGCGCCUAAAUCUCCUCCCAAAACCUUCACUUUCACACUUACAAACCACUCUCAAAGCUCUGAAACCCCUCAAACAAAAACUAAGUCCCAUAUGUUCACUUCCCAUGUCUUCUUCUUCUUUGAAUCCCUUGAACUCCCACCUCUCCAUAUCCAAAAAUCCCACUUUUUCAGAACCUCAUAAUCCAACUGCAUGUCCCCAAGAUGAUCUUGUUGUUCUGGGCAUCGAAACCAGCUGCGACGACACCGCUGCCGCUGUCGUAAGAGGCAAUGGUGAAAUCCUCAGCCAAGUUGUGUCUUCUCAGGCAGAUUUGCUUGCUCAAUAUGGAGGUGUUGCUCCAAAAAUGGCAGAGGAAGCGCACUUGCAAGUGAUUGAUCAGGUUGUGCAAGAAGCGCUUGACAAAGCUAAAUUAACUGAGAGGAAUUUGUCUGCAAUAGCGGUUACUAUUGGUCCUGGUUUAGGCCUCUGUCUUCGUGUUGGUGUGCGGAAAGCACGUAAGAUUGCUGGUAGCUUUAACUUACCAAUCAUUGGUGUACAUCACAUGGAGGCUCAUGCUCUUGUAGCCAGGUUAAACGAAAGAGAGUUACAAUUCCCUUUCAUGGCCCUGCUUAUUUCAGGAGGACAUAAUCUACUCAUUCUUGCUCGUGAUCUUGGCCAAUACAUACAACUUGGUACCACAAUAGACGAUGCAAUUGGUGAGGCAUAUGACAAGACUGCAAAAUGGCUUGGUCUUGACUUGAGGAGAAGUGGUGGGCCAGCUAUAGAAGAGCUUGCUCGAGAGGGUGAUGCAAAAUCAAUCAAAUUCUCAAUUCCAAUGAAACAACAUAAAGAUUGCAACUUCUCGUAUGCUGGUCUGAAGACUCAAGUGAGGCUGGCAAUUGAAUCUGAGAAUAUUAAUGCUACAAUUCCUAUUUCUUCAGCGAGCAGCGAAGAUAGAAGGACUCGAGCUGAUAUUGCUGCCUCUUUUCAGCGAGUCGCAGUAUUACAUCUAGAGGAAAGGUGCGAGCGAGCAAUUGAAUGGGCUCUGAAGAUUGAACCUUCUGUAAAAUAUUUGGUUGUCUCCGGAGGCGUUGCAUCAAAUCAGUAUGUUCGGGCUCAGCUUGAUCAGGUUGUCCAGAGAAACAGUUUACGACUUGUGUGCCCUCCUCCCAGCCUUUGUACUGACAAUGGUGUCAUGGUGGCUUGGACUGGCAUUGAGAACUUUCGUAUAGGAAGAUUUGAUCCACCACCACCUUCGGAUGAACCUGAAGAUAUUGUGGUUUGUUUGAAAACUAUUUUUACAUAUGAUUGCUUUUUCACAGGGCCCUUCUUAAGGAGAAUCCCGCUUCACUGUAGCUGGAGCAGGAUCCAUAUCAACAUCCAUCUCAACACGUUAACGACUAUCAAUAUGUCAUCCAUAUCGGUGAUACUAUCGAUACUUCAAUUAUACAGCUGUUAAUAUAGAUCCUGCUCCACUGUAGCUGGAGUGUGAUCCCCCUUAAGUAGGGGCCUGUUGCUUUGUUCAUUCAAUUUCUUAUUUUCAUGCUUAGUCAUUUGUUUAAUCUGGAUCUCUUUUCCAUUGAUUUUUGCCUCACUUCUUAAGAUGUAGCGCUGGCUCUUUUUGCCACAAAAGAAUAAAAUAAAAUGAAGUAAUAAGUAUGAAUAAAAUAUAGGAAACAUUUCCUAGUGUUGGCCCUUGUUAUUACCAAUAAGCCAUGCUCAUACUGAAUUUUUUUUGAGUUGAUGUUUCCUGCGUCAGAACAAGGUACUGUUUUUGUCCCCCUUAUAAUAAAACAGGUUUUCUGCUGUGAACUUUUUCUCUAACAAUUAAAUUGAUUGUGAAUCUUUGGAUGAACUAUGUUUCAGAGAGUACUCCAACUAUCAAAUUGUUGGCCUUCAUAAGCAUGCGUCUAUAUUAUGUACAUAUAACUAUGCCAGUAACCACAUAUGUUCAACAUACCUGUUUGUGUUGAGUUACCAUUUCAGCCAAGGCUGUUGGCUGCUUAAUCAGAUAUUCCUUAUCCGUCAAUUAUAUUAUUCACCGGAGCCUUAUUUAUCAGUUUUUUGCCUUAUGAAUCAGUAUGAUCUGCGGCCAAGGUGGCCAUUGGGAGAGGAAUACGCAGAGGGAAGAAGUGAAGCUCGCUCAAUGAAAACAGCCCGCAUUCAUCCCUCUCUGACAUCUAUGAUCCAAGCAUCUUCACAACAGCAACCAUAGUCUGCAUCUCCUAAAUCCGGC